UGUAAAAUCUGUUUCAAAAUAAAACAUGGGACAUGUGUGCUGUCGUUGGGAACUCAGGGAUUCUGACCAACAUCAGCUGUGGAGAGAUGAUCAAUUCAGCUCAGUUUGUUAUCAGGCGAGAACGUUGUCAAGUUUUGGGGACUGAAAGAUUGAUGACGGUAUUAAUUGACAGAAUGAAUUUUUUCAGGUGCAACUUACCUUCUUUGGGAAAAGCCUAUGAAAAACAACAUGUGGGCGUCAAGACUGAACUGACAGCCAACCCAUCCAUUAUAUUGAAAAAGUACGGAGAUCUAACAGGGUGUCGGUGUCCAUUUGUGGAGAGUCUGCUUAUCUACGGCAAGUCCCGCCUACUUCUUCCUGCCUUCACCUUUGCUCAUGACGUUCCUAGAUGCCUUCGAGCCGUAUACACGGCUGAGGACCUUGGCAGUCUUGUACAGCCUGUCUUCUUAAACCCUGACUACAUCAGGAGUCUCAAACUCUUCUGGCGCUCCCGAAGCCAUCAGAAAGGUGCUCUCAGCACGGGCAUUAAGAUGGUUAGCAUGGCACUGGAAAACUGUGCCAAUGUGCAUCUGUACGGAUUCUGGCCCUUCAGUUUACACCGAUUUGAACUAAAUGCUGUGAAUAACCACUACUUUGAUAAAACCAAAGCUAGCUGGAUACUCCACUACAUGCCGGAUGAGUUUGACCUCUUGUUGUGGCUGCACAGUCCAGGGGUGCUCAGGAUUCAUCUAGGAAAAUGUUGACUAAAAAAGAAUUAGCUCCCUGAACCGUUGUUUUGGCUUGGGAAAGCUAUCAUCAUUAUUAUUAGAAAAAUAUUACCAGUAAAAAAAAUAGAAGUUUAAGUAGUCCAUUUCUAUCAAAAAUAGAAAACUGAACAAAUCUAAAAAAUAUAUUACAAAAAUGCAGCAAAAAAUGCCACACAAUUAAGUUUAUUCCAGAAAAUGCCCACAAACAUUAUGUUUCCAAUCUUGUGACUGUUGUACAAACUUUAACUGUUGUCUUAAAUUAGGAAUGUGGCCUUACCCCAACUGUAAGUUUUGUUACAUCUGACUUAAAUAACAUUCCUUAAACAGUCGUAAACAUGCACCUUUUUAUAUGGUAUGAACUUUUAAGAGCAGAAUCAAUUAGGUUCAUUCGAAAUAGAGAAUCAACAUCACAUUUGUUUAAAACCAAAUCAUUCCUUUUUUUUAUGGGCCAAAAAAGUUUGUCACUAUAGGAAUGUAACUACUUCAAUCAAAAUGCUAAUAUGAAUAUAGUUGAACUAAAUGUGGAUCACACCUCCCCCUACAUUGCUUGUUUGAAGUCCAGUCCAAUCAAGAACACUUGUAUUAUGUUUUUUCCGUUAACUUUGCCUAAAUAGGUCCUAUUUAGGCAAAGGCUCAUACCCCUAAUUUAUCUCACUUAAAAAUGUUCUAUAAAUAAUUGUGGUUUAAAAUGAGUAUUAAACUAAUUGCUACAUAAUUAUUACUAGUUAUUCAACUUGAUGUAGGAUUUGAAAGAAAGAUAAAGUUGAAAAAUCUUUACAGCACCGGCAAACUUUUAGAAAAUUAGACUUUUAGUUAAGGACUGACAUCCUGUAACAGAUAUGCGCCUAUUCCAGUGACAAAUUGUAUUAACUUUUGUGUUUUGCACUGUAUGUUAAAUAUGAAAUGUAUGUUAAAAAGAAAGGUCUUUAAAUAAAAGUGGUGGACUACAAGUACAAAA